AUGUUGGAGGCUUUUGAAAUCCUGACCACCUCUGGUGUGGUGCUGUGGUCCAAAUCGUACGCACCGGUGGGGGCGCAUAUCAUUAACAGCCUGAUCAAUGAUGUCUUUAUCGAGGAAAAGGUUGUGCCGCAGAGCGCUUCAGCGAACGGAAUUUUGCCUGCCUUCAAGAAGGAGAAGUAUACCCUGAAAUGGAAGAGGGUAAAGGAGUUCAAUUUGAUCUUUGUGGCCGUCUACCAAUCGCUGCUGCACCUCGGAUGGAUCGACAAGCUCCUGGAGAAUAUCUCGACGAUCUUUAUCGAUGUCUACAAAGACCAGCUGAAGGGAAACCGUACCAGAAUCACCACCUACAAAUUCGACGCAUACUUUGAGCAGCAGGUGCGCGAGCUCGAGGACAAUACUGGCAGCGUUGCAGAGAUCCAUGCUGUAAAUACUGGGGAGAAGAAGGAUCCGCUUGUCUCGUCGGACAAUGGUGGCCCGCCGCCGCCGCCGGUGCCCGGCCUCGUAAAAGCGCAGCACCAAGCUGCGCUAGCUGGAGCGACCUCUGAUGAGGCCACUCCCCCGGCAACUCCUGAUACUUCUAGAUCUUCGACUCCCGUCACUGGCCACCUGCUAAGCGGAAAGACUGGGCCGGCUGGUCGAGUCUCUCGCCGUGCACGCAAGGCAGCCAACGCGGGCACCAAUGCCUCGUCUGGGGACGAGCAUUCUCGGAAAGGAAAAUCCACCCCGAAGGCUUCUGUGAAGAAGAUGCGCAAGUGGGAUGCUGAUGGGUUUGCUGAUGAGGAUGAUGGGACAAUUCUGGAUUACUCUGCCCCGGCAGAAGAUGCAGGUACUGCUGCCUUGGUUGUGGAGGAUGUUUCCCAGGAAGAUAUGGGCCACCGAACCGGCAAGGGCCAAUUUGUCCUGAAGGACUUAGGCGAUGAAGUUCACAACAUCCUAGACAACGCCGACGCUGAGAGGAGCAAGGGAGCUGCUGCGUCCGGUGUGGUGGGCACCGGGUUCAACGCGAUCGGUGGGUUCUUCCGCAAUAUUGUUGGUGGCAAGGUCUUGACAGAGGCCGACCUCCAAAAGCCUUUGAAGGCGAUGGAGGAUCACCUUCUGAAGAAGAACGUUGCUCGUGAGGCAGCUGUGCGUCUCUGCGAGGGUGUUGAGCGUGAACUUAUUGGAAAGAAGACCGCCAACUUCCAGAGCGUCGAUGCUGCUCUGCGUAUCGCUACGGAAGCGUCUUUACGCAAAAUCCUUACACCCACCUCUUCUCUGGACCUGCUGCGCGACAUCAACGCUGUGACCGCUCCGACUACCAAGCAGCAUGCUCCUCGGCCCUAUGUCAUCUCUAUUGUCGGUGUUAACGGCGUUGGCAAGUCGACAAACCUCAGCAAGAUCUGCUUCUUCCUGCUACAGAACAACUACCGUGUUCUUAUCGCGGCCUGUGAUACAUUUCGUUCCGGCGCUGUCGAGCAACUGCGUGUCCAUGCCCGUAACCUGAAGGAGCUCAGUGCCCGUGAGAGUGUUGGUGAGGUUGAACUAUAUGAGAAGGGCUAUGGUAAGGAUGCCGCCAACGUCGCCAAGGAUGCAGUCGAGUACGGUGCCGCCAACAAGUUUGACGUUGUCUUGAUCGAUACCGCGGGCCGCCGCCACAACGAUCAGCGACUGAUGUCCUCGCUCGAGAAGUUCGCCAAGUUCGCUAAGCCGGACAAGAUCUUCAUGGUUGGCGAGGCGCUGGUCGGAACCGACAGUGUUAUGCAAGCACGCAACUUCAACCAAGCCUUUGGCACCGGCCGAAACCUGGAUGGCUUUAUCAUUAGUAAGUGUGACACUGUGGGUGAUAUGGUGGGAACACUGGUUAGCAUGGUUCAUGCUACGGGCAUUCCCAUUGUCUUCUUGGGUGUUGGACAACACUAUGGAGAUCUGCGUGGACUGAGUGUCCCUUGGGCUGUCAGCCUACUCAUGAAGUGA